AUGCGUUCCUCGCUGCAGCUCCUCGCCGUUUCGGCGCUUCCACUUGCUCAGGUUUCCGCUGAGACUGUUCUCGGUGCCUAUGUCUUUGCGCGUCAUGGUGACCGCACUGCAAAGAUCCUCAAGAACACAGAGCUCACUGACCUCGGUUACCGGGAGGUUUUUACAGCGGGGUCCUCCUACCACAGUCGCUACAUCAACUCCAGCUCAAGUCAAUACGUCGCUGGCAUCAGCGAGGAUGUCGUUAAGCUCUCUCAGCUUACUGCUUCAGCGCCAGCCGAUGCUGUGCUCCAGAACUCUGCUACUGGUUUCCUGCAGGGUCUUUACCCUCCUGUUGGUGACUUAGCCAGCCAGAAGUUGCGCAACAAAACAACCGUCCAUGCGCCAUUAGAUGGCUACCAGCUGAUCCCAUUGUCCUUGAUCGACUCUGGGGCUAGUAGCGAGGACAGCACCUGGUUGCAGUCGACGUCAAACUGCCAGAAUGGCAUAGUCAGCAGCAACAACUACUACGAGUCCAAGUUGUACAACGACCUACUCGCCUCCACCAAGGACUUCUACGAGGACCUUGCCCCUCUAAUCAACACCUCCUUCUCUGAAUCCGACAGGACCUUCAAGAACGCCUACUCCAUCUUCGACUACCUUAACGUUGGCUACAUCCACAACACGACCAACGUCCCGUCUGCGGAACAACUCCACCAGGCCUCCCUCUACGCCAAUAUCGAACAAUACAACCUGGCCUACAACUCCACUGAGAAGAUCCGGGCCAUCGCAGGCCAGACCCUCGCCGCCGAAAUGCUGAUGGGUCUCAACGAAACGAUCACUUCCAAGGGCAAAGUCAAGCUCCACGUCGAGUUCGGCGCCUACGGCACCUUCCUCUCCUACUUCGGCCUCGCCCAGCUCCCAGAAGUGAACGUCAAUUUCACCGGCGUGCCCGACUACGCCUCCUCCAUGGCGUGGGAGCUCGUCACGAACUCCACCUCCGACUCUUUCCCAGACCCCAAGGAUAUCAGCGUCCGCUUUUACUUCCAGAACGGCACGCUCUCCUCCUCGGACGACCUAACAGAGUACCGACUCUAUGGCGAAUCCACCACCACAAUCCCGUGGUCGACCUUUGUCGAGAAGACCGAGAAAAUCGCCAUCAUGACCACUGACCAGUGGUGCGACGCCUGCGGAAACACUGACGGUCAGUGCUCCUCAUCUGGCGACUCCGGUUCUGGUUCUGCCUCUACAGACUCUGCGUCUGGUGGCAGCGGUGGUAUCUCCAAGGCUGUGGCUGGUGUUAUCGGUGCUAUGGUGACGCUUGGUGUGAUCCUCGGCCUGGAGGCGCUCAUCUUGCUUCUAGGCGGGUUCCGACUUACCAGGAAGGGCAAGGGUGCCGCUCUUGCGGCUGCGGAGGUGGCUGAAAACAAAUAA